UGUAAUGAAAGAGGAAGAUCAUUCAGUUUAUUUCAUGCUAGAAGACCGGCAGUGAACGGCAAUUCUUUUUGAUUGUAGCGCGUCCGGAUCUAUACGCGUAAUAUCUGCGAUAUAUUAUUCACAUUUUUCGCACAAAAAAAUGAUGAUAAACUUACUCUUUGCGAUUAUUAUUAAACAAACCGAUUUUGAACGGUGAUUUGGGUGUUUAAAUUAUUUUCGCCCAAGCGAAGAAAAUGAUACUUCUUUUUGUACUGAUGUACACAACGAAAUGUUUAUGUUACGGAUUCGAUGCUGGUUUUGAUCAAGCAGCCUGCGGAAAGCCGUUACGUGAAAGUCGUCAUUAUAGACCUCCCUGCGAUUUGACGCAGGAGACCUAUUGCACAAGCGCAGGAAAAUCGUAUCCAUGGCAGGCUGUCAAACGCUUUGUAAAAGAAAAUCAAGGUUUAAUGAAGAGAAUGUACGGAGAUCAACGCCACAUCGCCGUCCUACAAGAAGAACUAGGUAGUAACGAGUUUGCGGAUUUUUACAGCCAUCCACAUUACAGGGAUGUAAACGAGGAGCUGAACAGAAACGAGCUGUACCGUAAUGAUGAAAAGGACGAAACGUCACCUCGUCACCUACACAACGACCCAAAGGUGGACGAUGUCUUAAACACCAAAUUUAUUUACUCCGAAGACCCGAUUGUGUUUAAAUCUAAGGUGAAUCUACCAUACUUUCGACCAUUAACAACUCAAAAAAUUGAGAUAGAAAUUGCUCGCGAGAAUACCACCCUGACCAACACCACAGUGCCAACCACAAACCCUUCUUCAGACACAACAACAGAAACCAUAACCACCGAUGGAGGAUCCACCGUGGAGUACUCGACUCCGACAGAAAAAUUCACCGAGAUAUUUACGGAAGGAGUACAAAAAAAGGAAACGGUGGGAGAAGUGCUCUUUCAGGAUAUGGAGGAACCCCCAAAAAAGACAAACAACCAGAUUAAUUUCAACCUGAAGGGAGUAAAUGCCUGUCCCGUGAAAGAAGAGGUGGUAGCGCCGUUUUGGGCGAAUAAUACCAGGGGAGAAGUUCUGGCACUGCUAAACUUAUAUCCCUUCGAACAAUACGUUCAUUGGGAAAAGUGUACAUUCGAGCACAGGCAAAUGUACUGCAGGGAUGGGUGUAGGUGUGAGCAGCAGUAUCGGUUACAUCGAUUACUGGCGUAUGAUCCACAUAAUGAGUGUAGGGGAAUAUUUUCAGAUUGGUUUCGUUUUCCGUCUUGCUGCCUUUGUAAAUGUUAUAAUAUUCCACCAGAUGUACGUGUGACGUCUAGAAGUCCAAGAACAAGGAACAAAGAAGACGAUUUUAACGAACUGCCUAAUUUUCUAGGGAGAUUUCAAGAAGAAUUUGGAGAAGUUUAAGUUUUUACCGAUUUUGUUUAGCUUUAGUAAUCGUUGUUAAUCAAGUUACUGUAAUACCUAUCAAAAAGGCUCGUGUUUGUACUAAGUAAUGCUAUUCUUUGUUAUCGUGUCUACGUUUUAGAGUUUAAUAAAUAAUAAAUAU